AACGAAUCGUAUUUACAUCAGCAUUUGAGCAUUGAAUACCAGUUUCACUGGUUUGGAGUGGUAAGCAGACACAUAGCCUCUCCUUUGUGUGAGAAGGGCGAUCACAUUUACUGUAUCGUGUAUUCCUUAUUUUACUGUUUGGGUCAUGGAGUACGCCAGAGAAUAUGCCAGUGCACUGUCGCCUAGAUCUCUAAUGAGGUCCGUUUCAUCAGUGGGUUCCUCAAUCAGCAGACGGGUCCUCUUCCCUGCUGAAGCGCCGCUGCGCCCCUUCAGGGUGUGUACCCACAAUCGCAGCAGCAGGAAAGGAGUGGUGGCCAGGACUUUGGAUGAUCUCUUUACUAAGGCAUGGCAUGCUCUUUCGCUUGCUUCAGAAGUAGUCACACUGGUGUUGGAAGAGGAUGGCACUGUGGUUGAAAACGAGGAAUUCUUUCAGUCUCUGGAAACCAACACUCAGUUUAUGGUGCUUGAAGAAGGGCAAAGAUGGACACAAGCUAAGGGUGUCUCGGGUGUUAGACGUUCUAACAAAAAAGGAGUAGCCAAAGUCACAUUUGACCUGUACAAAUUGAACCCCAAGGACUUCAUUGGGUGCCUCAGCAUCAAAGCAACAUUUUACGAGAUGUAUACAAUGUCCUACGACAUUAAAUGUAUGGGAGCAAAACAUGUGCUGAAGAAGAUGCUUCGUUGCCUCUCAUAUGCUGCCCAGGUUGCUGGCCAGUUCCUUCUGUAUGGUUCCACUUGCGUGCUGCAUUAUACCGGGGAAGGUGAGGAAGCUGGCUCGUUCCGAAACCCACGGCACCCUGCUGAUGACUGAAUCCCUGACGGGACCAGUGCCUGGAACCUUCUCUAGUAUGCUACAUUGUGAAUAGGUUGGUCCAGUGGUGUACCCUUGAUGAUACUGGGUUAGCACAAUAUCUACUGUACUUAGAAAGUAACUUUAUAGCCUUUGGUAAAUUUUUUUCAGUCAGUAAACAUGUUCAUGAUAACUGUUUUUAGCCAUGAUUGUAUUUAUCUUUUGGAUCUAAAGGAAUUCAAUUAUUAUAUAUAGACAUGUAUUAUUGAACUGAAAUCCUUUUUUUACUCUGCCCAUUAGUCUGUUCUUGUGCUGUGACAAUCAGGUUUUCUCAUUCAUUUUAGGCUGGCAUCUUGUUUACCUUCUGGAGCUGCUCUGUUUUUAUUUAACAAACAAAUCGGUAUUUCAGAUCUCUAAUUUUGUUUGAAGGGGUCAUUUUUAGCCCUUUUAUUAGCACAUUUAGUGUUUCUACGACCAUCUGUAGAAAAUUUUACAAAAGUAAUUUAAAACAAGUCAAGCAAGACUGAUCUUGACAUUACUUGAAUAUCUAUGAAUGUACACUACCUCAUUAGUUAAUACCCAUUCCUUUUGCAUGGAUAUCAGUCUUCAAUUACAAUGCACUAUGAUUGCAAACUGUCUUUUGUGCAUUCAUAUGGAAAGAAUGAUUAUCAUAAUGUAAAAAAAUAACAAUGUAAACUUCAUAGUAAAAGCUGUGUGUAUAAAAUAAUCAUUGAAAAAGUAUGUUAGAAUCCAUGUUUAACUGUUGUACUGUGCCAUUCUGUAUAGAAAAAUGCUUACCAAUAAAACAAGCAGUUUUUAUUUUG